GCGCGCCGCGCCAUCUGGCGGGGCGCGCGCGCGGCACGGCACGCUAGACGACGGCGGCGGCCGCGACGGACGAGACGAGACGAGACGAGACGAGACGAAACGAGAGUGAGAGACGCAUACGCGGGUCGUAGACCGUUCGGGUCCGCAGUUCGGGUCGUGGUAGUCGACAACGACGACGGCUGAGAGAGAAACAUGGCUGCCGGUUGUUGCGGUACGAAAAAGCAAAAGCUGAACAACAACCCCACGGGUGCACCGUGCAACGGCACAACGGUAUUGUCGAACGGUACGCGUAUACGUAAUACGCCAAUCGUGCAACCCGAGAUGGGCUUCUACUGCUUCGAUGUCCUCUACUGCCAACUGCACCAACUUGACCCACCAAAACCGCCCAACUUCAGCAACGAAGCAUUUCCUCUGUUUGUAACAUGGACUAUUGGUAAAGAUAUGCGACUGCGUGGCUGUAUUGGUACAUUCAAUGCCAUGCACUUGCAUGCAGGACUUAGGGAAUAUGCUACUACUAGUGCUUUUAAAGAUUCACGGUUCAAUCCUAUAACGCGAGAGGAACUACCACGCUUACAUGUGAGUGUUUCUAUCCUGCGGCAUUUUGAAGAUGGUGUGGAUUACUUAGAUUGGGAAAUAGGAGUCCAUGGGAUUCGCAUAGAGUUCCAUAACGAAAAGGGCAAUAAGAGAACUGCUACUUACUUACCUGAUGUUGCAACUGAACAAGGUUGGGACCAGAUUCAAACAAUAGAUUCCCUACUACAUAAGGGUGGUUAUAAGGGCUUAGUCACACCAGAUAUUAGACGCAGCGUGAAAUUGACUCGAUACCAGAGCGAAAAGAUUACUGUAAGCUAUCAAGAUUACAUGACACAUUGGCAUAACCGAAGAUGCUAGCAGCUGGCUUGGGGUCCUAUUCAAGGGCCCCUACCUUGCCAAACUGCUGGCACAUUUUGUUACAAAAAUACUGUUGAUACAGUUAAUGCAUCUUAUCCACAAUACAGUACUACUCAGUACAACUCCUUCAUGGCCAAUCAACAACAUACAUUAGUUAUGGUUCAACCGAAUCAUCCCACAUUCGUACAUACACUUCCAAUGCCACCAAUUCCUUCAGUUGUGGUACCUAUGCAGAAUUAUCCACCAUUCUAAUGGAAUUAUAUGUAUUGCAUCCUUCAGUGCAUAUAUUGUUAUUCUUUACAUAAACUUUUGUAAAGUAAAAAAAUAAAUUAAAUUAAAUGCAUAAGAAAAAAAUAACACUGAAGGCGGCUAUUAUGUACAAUUUUCUAUUGCUUGAAUUAUGGUGCCUAUUUUAUUUUUAUUGUUCAAUAGCAUUUAUUCUUUCUACCUCUUUCACGAUUUCUGUAGUCCUUGUGCGAUAAUAUUCUUCAGAGAACGAAAAUGUACAAUUUUGAGUAUGGUGGCAAUGUUCUUCCAAAAUAUUUGCUGUAAGCAUAAAUAAUAUUGGCUAGAUAUUCGUGUAAGAUAGGGUCUUGUUCUCGUAUUGUACAAUUUUAUGAUUGUUAAAUUGAAAAUAAUAAAAGUAAUAUUUGCGCGCGUGCGUGCAACGAUGCAAGUUCAGUUUGCAAUUUAACGCUUAUCAUUUAAUACUACCAAUCAAUAUAAUGUAAAUAGUAAGAUUAGCUUUGCCAUCAUGCUAGGACUCAUUAACUGGGAAACAAGUGAUACAAAGAAUUUCAUAAUAAAAACACAAUGCUAUCUCUAUUAUUAAAACUGACUAUGUUAGUCCAUCCAUUAGUAAAUUCAUGCACAAAUUCAUUAUUACUUGUUUAUAUUGCCCAUGUUAAAAACAGAUUUAAAGUGUCAGAAUAGAUAUUUAUACGAACAAUAAAAUAUUUUGAUUUUC